GAAUAAAAGAAAAUGAAAGACCAUAAACUACACCAGUGAAUUCACUUAUCCCUUUUAUGCCCAAAAAAAGACCUGUCCCUCGUAUUUUUUUUUAAAAAAAAAUUGUGACUUCUCAAUUCAUUUAAAAAAAUAUCCAUAUUUGUUCUAUUAACCGUAUUAGUAGUAUUUGUUUCUCCUCUUCAUUUUGUACAACCCCUUCAUUCUUUUUCUUGGGAUUUCUGAAGGGCUCGAAGUCAUUCCCUUUUUCAGAGUUUACCUUUACUUCUUUUCUUUCUUUCAUCUAGAAAGAAUGUGUUUUCUCCUAUAUUAAGUAUUAUGGGGUUAUGUUUUCAUUCAAUUCUUGAUCAACUUUUCUGGUUUUAACAUACCAAAAUUUUUCUUCUGUUUUUUGCACUUUAUUGUAAGAAGAAAAUCCAAUGGCAUGCUCUCAACUUUUAGUCUUUUGGCAUAGAAAUCUACAGACUAUUAUCUUCUUGUUACUUUUAUUCAUUUCAGGGUUGACACAUGUUAGAUUAACAGCUGAAGGUAGGAGAAUACUCAAGACACAAACUGGAAGUAUGAUUACUCAGAGGAAAAAUGAAGAGAAGAUGUUAAAGAUGAGAUCUUUAAUAGGUUCAAGGCCACCAAGAUGUGAAGGAAGAUGUAGAAAUUGUGGACCAUGUGAGGCAGUUCAAGUUCCAAUUGUGCCAAAUCUCAAGCACCAGAAAACAUCAAGAAUCCAUCAAUUGAAUGCAAUUCCUAAAUUGUUCUUAGCAUAUUCAAGAGGUGAUGACAUAUCAAAUUACAAGCCUAUGUGUUGGAAAUGUAAAUGUGGCAACUUUUUCUUCAAUCCUUGAUAAAAAAGAAGGAAAAAAAAAAUCUUUGUUUUUUGUUAUGGAGAAAAUAAGUUUCUUCAACUGUCUAUAUACAUGAAUAUUAAGUUGAUUAAGCUUAGUUAGCUUUUGUAGAUUUUUGCAGAAUCAAGAUUGGUGAUAAUGCAUAUUUUGUAUAUCUUAAUUAGCACUUUUGUAGUACCAUAUUUUCCUCUCA